AUGAGUAGCUCGGAAGAAGUAUCUUGGAUAUCUUGGUUUUGCGGACUACGUGGUAAUGAAUUUUUUUGCGAGGUAGAUGAAGACUAUAUUCAAGAUAAAUUUAACUUAACUGGUCUAAGUGAGCAAGUCCCUCAUUACAGACAAGCUCAGGAUAUGAUAUUAGACUUAGAACCAGAUGAUGACCUAGAAGAUAAUCCUGCUCAAAGUGAAGUGAUUGAACAAGCUGCUGAAGUGCUCUAUGGCUUAAUUCAUGCCAGAUAUAUUAUGACAAAUCGCGGUUUAGCUCAAAUGCUUGAAAAAUAUCAACAAGGUGAUUUUGGUCAUUGUAGUCGUGUUUAUUGUGAGAAUCAGCCCAUGUUACCUGUGGGAUUAUCGGAUAUUCCUGGGGAAUCAAUGUUGAAGUUAUACUGCCCUAAAUGCCAAGACGUCUACACACCGAAAUCAUCACGCUAUCAUCAUAUUGAUGGUGCUUACUUCGGUACCAGUUUUCCCCAUAUGCUAUUUAUGGUACAUCCAGAAUAUCGACCGAAACGAAGCAAUACCCAAUAUGUACCAAGGAUAUUUGGAUUCAAAAUUCAUCCAACUGCUUAUCAGUUACAGUAUCAAGCAGCGGCACGUAGCCGUAGC